UCGUCGCCAACCUCUGAACCUUCACCAACGUUUCUUCUCUUUUCAAACAUACCUUCAAAAAUCUCUCUCUCUGGAUCUUUAUAUCAGAAUCUUAAACUUAGAGGAUUUGAUACUUAAACUUCGUGAUCAUAUAGAUCCUUGCAAUAGUUGCAUUUGCAUUUUAUAUUACAAAACCCUGCUUAAGUUCCUCAAUAAACGGGGUUCAAUUGAGGUUUAAGCAUUCUUUGAUUCCUUUCCGUGUCUAAUAAUCUUCAUUCUCGAUUUCUUGUUCGCCGGAGAAUAGGAAUAGAGAAAAUUAACUUCUCAACAGUUUUGUACAGGAGAAAGAAUAUGUCCAUUGUUUGUUGUUUGUAGUUAUCAGCUUUGCGGUUAAUCAGCUGUAGUUUCUUCAAGUUUUCCACCACUAAAAUCGAAAAAAUCGGAGUCUUCUUCAUUAGGUCGUAACUUUUGGCACGUUUAUAUUUGAAAUGGAAGCAAAAGUGCCGGCGAGGUUUACGCUCGGUAGGCAAUCGUCGUUGGCACCGCAGCGUCAGCUGGAGGAGUCCGAGUUGGAGGACGGUGAGGGAAUGGAUCAAGGGGUGAGAUUAAUGUAUUUGGCCAAUGAGGCUGACCUAGAGGGAAUCAAGGAACUCCUCGAUUCUGGCGUUGAUGUUAACUUUCGCGACAUAGAUAACCGGACGGCGCUCCACGUGGCCGCCUGUCAGGGCUCGAAGAAGGUGGUUCAGCUACUCAUUGAAGGAGGGGCCGACGUUGAUCCCAAAGAUCGCUGGGGCAGCACUCCGCUUGCAGAUGCUAUACAUUAUAAAAACCAUGAAGCAAUCAAGUUCUUGGAGAAACAUGGCGCGAAACCUCUGGUGGCUCCAAUGCAUGUCAACCAUGCUCGUGAAGUCCCAGAAUAUGAAAUUGAUCCUGGUGAACUUGAUUUCACUAAUAGUGUGGAAAUAACUAAGGGAACCUUCCGUAUAGCAUUGUGGCGGGGAAUACAAGUUGCCAUUAAAAAGCUUGGAGAGGAAGUAGUUUCUGAUGAUGAUAAAGUGAGGGCAUUCAGAGAUGAGCUUGCCUUGCUUCAGAGGAUUCGACAUCCAAAUGUUGUGCAAUUUCUUGGUGCUGUAACACAAAGUAGUCCUAUGAUGAUAGUGAUGGAAUACUUACCAAAGGUUUGCAUAUGACUUUGUUUAAUAAUCUGUAGUACUAUUUGCAUCCUUUUGCUACUUAAUGCAUUUAUAAAAUUUUUGUCCCCACUUUCCUGCCUUUCUUUCCUCAACAGAAGAGAAAAUUCUGUUUAUCUUGGAUAUUUUCUCUUUAAUGCAUGUAUUAUAAUUCGUUGGAUUGGACAAUGGUGCAUUUGAUCUAGGAGUGAUUCAUCACCCAAAAACUAACCUUACAUGGACAGGAUUUCCCUUGAGACAAAGUAGCUUGAACAUCUGCCUAGUUACAAUUAUCUGGAUCAUUAGGCAUGCCACUAGACAAUCUCAUCAUUUUGAUCAAUUGUAAGGAAAUAGGAGUUUGAUGUAGCACAAUGGGAUAGUGUUUAGGGAAACAUAAGAAAAUUCAAUCCAAAAAAUAAUAGGGCUUGGCAACAACCACAAUCACAAUGUUGUUAGGCACUCUAUCAAUGAGUGAAUCUCAAUAUAAUUUAGGUUAUCAGCUAAUAACUAUAAUACUAUAGUUAUGUCAACAUGCAUAUAAGAUGUCUAAGAAGCUAAUAUGGUUAGAAUACGUAAAGAAGAAAACAACAUUGUAAGAUUUCCAGUAACCAAAUAAGAAAUAAAAUCCUAAUAAGAUAUAUAACUUUAUACUAGAAGAAAUUUAGUAACUAUUAUGUAGAGUUCUUGCUUCGUUCUUCUCCUCUCCAAAAAGAAACUGAUUCUAACGAGGAAUCAUGUAUAUAUUCUUCAACUAAAUCCAUUAUGUUUAUGAAGUCUUAAAGUAGAUACAUCAUAUGACCAUUUCCUCUCUGUAGGAAUUGUUGAAACCCUCAUUAGUAGAUGUUACGUAUCCUUUGGCCAAAAUAUCUCCAAUAGUGCCUAUUGGCAACAAUGGAAAUGUGGUAGCCUCAAGAACUUGAACAUUUGUAAAAACUUAUGGGCUAACUAUGUUAUUGAUUAGAAUUUUGUAAUGUUUAAUGGGGUAAUUUAGUACUUUUUGGGCCAUCAGCAUCAAUUCUAGAGUUUUUAAGCUCUCCAUUAUGAAGUUGGGGCCCAACAACUCUCUAAAAAUGUUGUUGCUAAAACUUAUUAGUAAUCUGACUUAUAAGCUCCUGAGUGUUUACCAAUACAAAUAAAUUUAAAACACCUUUGGUGAGCUUGUAAGCUCAGACUGAUAAAGAAAUAAGCUAAUUCAAAGACCCUCAAGCUUCUUUAAGUACUUAAUCGAUUCCAAGAAAUAAGCCAUAGAACCUUUUUUUAUAUAA